GUACCUCCUCGCGCCUGAAGGUACUGUAGUACUCUUUAGUACCGUACGGUACACUAAGUACGAGUGAGGUCAGCAGGGAACAUACAACCGCGAGGUGAUUGCUGUCGUGAGCUUAGCGUAAGGAUCGCUGCAUUGAAGGAGGGUGUCAGCGCUAACGGGGAGUACUUACUAACAGUAUCACCAGCACCUCCUUGGUAUAGUCUUCUUGUGCUCCCUGAUAAAGCAUCCAGCAAUGGCUUCGUUAGUUGCGAUCUCAGCAUUCAUACCCACUAUGGGUUGUUCCCCGCAUUCCGCGGUGGCUAUUCCCUCCCGUUCACAUUUCCUGGGCGCGGCCCGAUUCCAAUCCGUUAGGUCCUCGUUCUCACUAAAUUUCACGAAUCAUGCGCGCACAGCUGGGCUCGCCAAUCGGUAUCAAGUGCCACGUGGCAACCUUUCAAUUGGUAUCUCUGCUUCAGCAAAAGCAACCGCGUCAGCAAACCCCACCACGUCAGCAGCCUCCGCCACGUCAGCCACCUCCGCUCGGCCCAAGGCGAAGAUCUGCGGGGUAACCUCCGAGGAGGACGCCGCGUUUGCCGCCGCGAAUGGCACCGCGUUCGUCGGCAUGAUCCUGUGGCCCAAGGCGAAGCGCUCGAUCCCCUUGCCCAUGGCGGCGAGAGUCGCGGCGGCCGCGAGGGCGGGCGGUGCGGUGCCCGUGGGCGUGUUCGUGGACGAAAACGCGGCGGAAAUCGAAGCGGCUUGUAGAGAGGCGGGAGUGUUCGUCGCACAGCUGCAUGGAGACGUGGCGCGCGCAUCCCUCGCUGACCUUCCCCCCUGGCUGUCCACCGUCUUUGUGCUCCACGCCGACAAGCACGGCGCUGUGCAAACCCCUCUGCCCUCCUCGCUCGCUCCGUCCUCCACUUCCUCCUCCUCCUCCUCCUCCUCCUCCUCCUCUUCGUGUGUGCGGCCGCAACCAGACUGGAUCCUCAUCGACGGCAUACAAGGGGGCAGUGGAGAGCGAUUCGAUUGGACCAAUCUGAAAGUGCCAGCUGGCGAGAGCAGAAGAGGUUGGAUUCUAGCUGGUGGCCUGAAUGCAGAGAAUGUGGCAGAGGCAGCUGCAGUGCUUUCUCCCUCUGUUGUGGAUGUUUCGAGUGGAGUUACAAAAGAGGAUGGUAUUCAGAAAGACCAUGUGAAGGUUGCUUUAUUCCUAAGAAAUGCUAUGGGUGUGUAACCGUACCAAGGCUGCUCUAAUUGAGGUAAUACUAUGGUUUUUUUGGCUGUCAAACGGCCCUCGCGAUUGCGAGA